AAAUUGCUAUCUUACUCUUACCCAUUUAGAGAUUUGGUGCUUAAGAGAACUAUUAUUAUUUAUCAAAUUCCUCGCAUUAAUUAUCAGUUAGCAUCAUAUAAAUUAAGAACUUCACCCAUGCCAUGUAUUAGCUCUACUUUCCAUACUUCACAUAAAUUCAAUAACGAUGAAACUGUAAGUUCACCAGCUUUUGCGGAUUCAGUUUCAGAAGGAGAUAUCAGAUGGAUUAAAAGUGUCGGGGAUUCUAUAAAUGUUGAUGAUAUAGUUUGUGAAAUUGAGACUGAUAAAACUGCCUUACCAAUACCUAGCCCAUACAAGGGAUUUUUAAAAAGUAUCUUAGUUGAAGAGGGUGAAAAGGUUAAAGCUCAUCAACCAGUGUUCAUCAUAAGUUUGGAGAGGCCUGAUUCACAAGGUGUAAAAAUUGACGAACAAGCUACAAGGAUAGCAUCCGAUAUCCCAGAAUCUAAUAUCAAAUUAUCCGACGAAUCACAAGAUCCUUUGAAAAAUGCCAACCAUUCAAAUGAUCAAAUUAUAUCAGUUCCUCAGCUACCAGAAUCAGUGUCCGAAGGCGAUAUUAGAUGGAUUAAAAAUGUUGGAGAUCAAGUAGAAGUAGAUGAAACACUCUGUGAAAUUGAAACGGAUAAAACUACGGUCCCUGUGCCAUCACCCAAUAAAGGCGUCCUGAAAGAAAUAAAAGUUGAGGAUGGUUCAAAAGUUCACGCUAAGAUGCCGUUAUGUGUCAUUGGCAGUGAAGGACUAGGAAAAUCGACAACUGCUUCCGACAUUAAAUCUACACCCAAACAAUCUCCGACAUCUACUCCUUUGAAUAUGCCUGAUCUACCUAAAGUCCCUAGAAAAGUUUCAAUAGAUAUUAAACCUUCAUUCGGAGAAACAGAUAGGACUAAUAUACCUAGCGGAGUAAUCGAUAAAAAACCCGAGUUUUUUCCGCCCUUCUUUAACACAUCCCAAAAGGCUAGCCAGGGAAAAGUAUCACCAAUCCAAAAACCAACAGACGAUAUUAGCCCUCAUACCAUAUCAGGAAGUAGGACAGAAACCAAGGUUAAGAUGAAUAGGAUGAGGAAAAGGAUUGCCGAGAGAUUGAAGCAAGCUCAAAACACGGCCGCCAUGUUAACAACUUUCAACGAAGUAGAUAUGAGUCAAGUAAUGGCACUACGCGAACGUCAUAAAAAGACUUUUUCUGAGCUGCAUUCAGGUCUUAAGCCUGGAAUCGCCUCUUUUUUCGUGGUUGCUAGCGCACGAGCUCUCACCAAGCAACCCAUAGUAAACGCUUUCGUAAUGGAGGAUAAUUCUCAUAUUUCUUAUAGAGAUUACGUGGAUAUAAGCGUAGCCGUAGCUACGCCAAAAGGCUUGGUCGUACCCGUGAUAAGAAACUGCGAAAACAUGAGCGUUGCUGAUGUCGAAAAGAAUGUAGCCUAUCUUAGUGAUAAGGCAAGGAAAGGUAAUUUGGCGAUAGAGGAUAUGGAUGGAGGGACCUUUACCAUCAGUAACGGAGGAGUGUUCGGUUCUUUAUUCGGUACCCCGAUCAUAAACCUACCCCAAUCUGCUAUACUUGGCUUGCAUGCAAUAACUAAGAAGCCCGUAGUUAUUAACGACAAAAUCGAAAUAAGGCCCAUGAUGUACGUGGCACUAACUUACGAUCAUCGUUUGAUAGAUGGACGCGAAGCCGUCACUUUCUUAAAGAGUAUCAAAAAUUAUAUUGAAGACCCGGCCUCUAUAUUAUUGGACAUUUGAUUAGAGAUUCUCAUUGGAAUAUCUUGUAUUACCUUUUUUUCCAUACCCAUUUUGCAAAGAUCCCGGCUGUUUUUUUCAUAGGUAUAGUUGGAAAACAUUAUAAAUAGCUUAAAUAUUUUAACGCUCACAUCAAUUAUAAUUUAUAAAAAGGCAUAUUUUUAACAAUAAUUUAAUAUUGGGGGGUGGGGCUAAAGUCUAACCCCAUUACAUGACACCUUUGAUAGUAAAUUUUACUAACCCAUUUUAUUGACCGCACAAACAUUGCACUACCGGUAUUUGUAUUUUCGGCGAAAAACACAAUUAUACGCAUUUUUGUAAGCAUGAAUAAUAUUUUUUUUCGCUUUAUUUUAUAUUUUUUCUUGCAAUUCCAUCCAGUUUAUUUAAAUCAAUUUUUUUUUGAAAAAAAUAAAUAAAGU